AGUGUUCCAACUGUCAAGGUCACUGAUCACCCAAACUGCUACUACGCUGGUCACUAGCUGAUCUUUUCUGAUCUUUUUAAAUGACCGGGAAAAGGUGUAUUUAAAGCUGUUGACAUAUAGCUGCUCUGCAGUCAAAGCCUUUUGGAUGUUUUCUUAUUUCCUUGUGAUUAUUCUGAUGGGCGACAGGUAGACCAUGAGCCAUAUGGAGUAAAAGUAAUCGCUGGCAAAGGUGAACACCCACUCAUGGAUUUGACCAUCUGAAAUCACCUGAAAAUCGACUUUACAGGAUCAUACAAAAUUACCAUAAAAUGGUACAGAGUAUAAGGACGACAGAGAAGAAGCUUGACAGAAUCCCUAAUGUACAAGCUACAGCCUUGUUAAACGUCUCCCUCACAUGAAAAUCACUAAGUGCCUCACAAUGUCAUCCAGAGGUGGAGUUCCUCACAACAUCAGUGUCUCUGUACUCCAUGACUUCUUCGGCUCCUUCUCAUCUUUUCCCUCCACCAUCCCUCCAUCUCCGUCCUGCAGCAUAGAUGAGUCCUACAAGUACAUCUUCCUCCCCAUCUGUUACUCUUUCACGUUCAUCUUUAGCAUUUCCCUUAACUCUGUCAUCCUCUACCGUUCCUUCAGCCGGACCAAGCGCUGGAAUGCUUCACUGAUCUACAUGGUCAACCUGGCCUCUACAGACUUCAUGUACGGCCUGUCACUGCCAUUCCUUGUGGCUAGUUACAUCAUGCGUGACCGCUGGGUUUUUGGGGACUUCAUGUGCCGCCUGGUCCGUUUUCUGUUCUACUUUAACCUCUACUGCUCCAUCUUCUUCCUCACUUGCAUCUCUGUCCACAGGUACCUUGGUAUCUGCCACCCAAUGAAAGUCAUCACACUGGAGACCAAGAAGGCUGUCAAGUGCACUUGUGUUCUGGUUUGGAUUGUAGUGUUUGCUUUGACCUGCCCUAUCUUCAGGUUUGCGCAGACUGGUCAUGUGACAAGAUUUGCAGUUCUUGGCAGCAAUGCAAGCAGUAUUGACACCCCCAAGGUGUCAUUGAUAAAGGGUAAUGCUAGCUAUGAUAACUUGGGAGGGGUCAUUGAAGAGUUCCAGAACUGUUGGGACGAUGCCAUAGAUAAAGAGUUUCCUGAUUACAUACCCUAUGGCGUAAUACUCCAUUUGCUUGGCUUUUUUGUGCCUUUUUCAAUAAUUGCUUGGUGUUACUCUCACGUUGUUCUGACCAUAUUUAGGACUCUGCAUUCUCAGCCCUCGUCCCAUAAAGGUCCGAAAGAGGGAGGACAUGAGGGAAUGGAGCGAAGAGAGAGAAGUAGACCUGCAAUAGUUGGAAGAGGGAGAAGAGGAAGCAAUGGACCGUCGAGGGUACUGGGAAGAGAUGAAGGAAUUUCAGUUUUCCUUGGCGCCCGCUCUCCUUAUGCUAAUCGCAGACGUAAAUCUAUUAAGACCAUCAUUACCAUUACCCUUCUCUUUGCUCUGUGUUUCUUCCCCUUUCAUGUAACUAGAACCAUCUUCCUCCUGCUGAAAGUGGCCAAGGGAGUUCCUUGUCACACCAUGACCAUGGUCUCCAUGUGCUAUAAGAUCACAAGGCCACUGGCAUCAUUCAACGCAUGGCUUAAUGCCCUCCUUUACUUCCUGACUAAAGACAAGGGGGGAGCUCACUGCUGCCAGGCAGUAAACACCACCAACCAACAACAUGGUGGAUAUCUGCUGCCACUGAGGAUGAAGGGAAAAGGAGAGGACGCAGAGGAGGGAGGGAUGGAAAACGGAAUUGACAAUAAGGAAAACAAAGCAUUUAAUAGUCAAUCAUACAUGAACAGAGCAAAAGUCAGAUAUAUAGUUGAAUGAAUUUUUUCAUGAGGAAUGAAAUAAAGAAUUUUAGAUGUGCUGUAGGUUGUCUUUUACUGGAAAACAAAAUAUUAUAUAAUUUAAGCACUGUACCAAAAUCAAUGAUUAAAGACUGCAAGAAUUCUAAUUCUAAUAUACCUUUUAUCUCUAAUUGUAUGUGUCUAAUUGCUGGUCUGCUAAAAGUCAUACUUUGAAAGUUGCACUAGUGAGUAGAUACAACAUGAAUGCAAAUGUGAUAAAUGAUGAUAAUCUGUUGUUUUGUUUGACAGGGUGUUUAUGGAGCCUCUAGGGGCUGUAAACACAUGAUAACUAUCGAGCGUUUUUCCACUUGUGCUGAGGAAGUCUCCUGUUAGUAGUGUAACACGCUCUACUAUUCUUUUGGGUUUUUUUGUGACAUUCCGUAUGUUAGUGUUUUAUGAAAAUGCCUUUGACAGUGUGUUGGUGCGGUUACGUUUAGUUUGAAAACUUAGUUUGGAGAACUUCUAACAUAGCAAAAUAAAAUGCGAUAAAAUCUGAGGAAAUGCUCUCUCUCUCUCUCUCUCUCUAUAUAUAUAUAUAUAUAUAAUCAAUCUGGCUUAUAUCAAUCUGGCCCUUAAAAAUUUAAAUUUCAUAGUUGUAGUAUAGUAACACAUGCCAAUGCCAUGUCUUCAAAUUUUUAAUUUUUUUAUCAGAACAGGUUUACAUAGUUUAAUUAUCAUUUUUCAUGCACAUUACUGCAGCUCCUCUUUUCACCCUGUGUUGAAGGCUUCGUUUUAGCUAUGGAGUGAUACAUCUUAUCU